UUUAUGAUGAAACUAGUUUCUCUUAUAAAAGUGCAGUUUAUAACAAAGCUAGUCUCUCUUGUGACAAUACGAAUGCUGAGGAGGUUAAGAAUAUAGGUAUUAAUAAUUAUGAUUUUCCUUUGUUGAAAGUUGGUUAUACAUUUGAUUCAUGGGAUGAUGUUGAUUUUUAUUUCAAAGCUUAUGGUCAAUAUA